AUGGGUAACGGGCGUAAGGGCAACAAAGCAAAGAAGGGUGUUGACAUGGCUCAGGAGACAGACGUACCUGCCUUACCUCUGAAGGAGACUGCUGCUACCGGAAAGCCUCCAUUGUGUCCCGCUCCAGCGACAUUGGCAGGUCCCUUCGAAGCCUUCCAUGAGCAGCAGGGAGCUGUUGAUCAGGACGAUGAUGCUACCAGGGAAUGUACUGGCGACGGAAAACGACUCGCUGAGGGAGAUGCGCGUGAUGAGGGUGAUGCUACGGACACUGCUGAUGAUGACGCGCAAUCAACAGGGACCCCUGCGGAUGACGACGACGACGGUUACCUGAGUGACGACAGCGAUGAUCACCUAGAACCAGACUCUCUUAACAGCAUUAUUGCUCUGAAGCGCUUCUCACUAACCCUGUUGGUGCCGAUUGCCAGGAAAGCGGAGGUUAAGCGCGCGGCUUUCACAGUUGCUGCCAUGCUGGAUGAAUGGAAGGAUUUAUUAUCACCAGACGCGCUGCUGACCACAACUUACCAGGACCUCGCUCCGAUGCUCCUGGCGGUGGUCGUUCGCUGGGGUGGCCUGGAGUUCCUGCUGAUAGCAGCAUACAUCCCGGCUCAGGCGGUGAACAGGAGUAGUUUCUACAGAGACAGCCUGGAGCCGUUUCUGCAAUCCCUGCCGGUGUUCCACCACAUUCUGGUGAUGGGUGACCUCAAUGUGGUCAAGGAUCCGGACCUGGAUCGCACCUCACAGGCUGGCUCCUCGGCAGAGAAUCACCGCCUCUUGAGCUGCUGGAGGAAUACGGACCUGCGGGAUGCUUUCAGACAUAUCCACCUGGACAAAAGGGAAUACACCUUCUUUGCAAGAGCAACGAGGUCCAGCUCAAGGAUAGACAGGGCACUAAUCUCACAACCACUGCUGAGCAAGCUGGUAGAGGCGAGGCAUGUGGCGAUUACCAACGGAAUGACUGAUCACUGGAGCGGGAUAGGGGUGGUGCUGGAGUCGGCGGAGGCUGUGAAAAACGGGCCGGGCAUCUGGAGGUUACGGGCAGAUCAUACACAGAAGCAAGGAGUACAGAAAAUCAUCAAAAAAAUCAUCGAGGAAUCAGCAGGAGCAUCAGUUGACGAGCUGCUGGAGAGACUAACCACAUGCUUGAAGGCAUACUCGAGGGAAGAAAGGAAACGAGAGAAGGCCACGCAACUCCAUCUCAUCAGGGAGGUGGAACGGUUAAGGUUGCGUGUGUCCAGAUACCCGCACUGCCAACGAACGGGGAGGACUCUACUUCGGAAAGAGGAGCUGCUGGAGGCAUAUGAGAGGAGCCAUAAAGAACAGUUGCAGUUAUGGGCAGGCAUCGAAGCGGAGAUGGACGGGGAGGUGGCGUCGGGCACUCUAUCGGCGCAAAUCAAGACUCGCAAGGCAAAAACAACAAUUCGGGAGGUAGCGCGGAACGGGAGCCUGUUCUCGGGGGUGAAGGAGGUUCUCUCGGCGGCGACAUCUCACUUUCGUGAUGCCUUUGGGUGUGUCAGCAGCAGCGCGGUACCUGCCACGGAAGAUCAUCCCAUGCAACAGCGAUUGGGGGAAGCAAGUAGAAGAGCGCUGAGUGCACCCUGGACGGAGGACGAGGUUCGGAAAGCAAUACGGGAACUUGCCCCAAGGAAAUCACCGGGCGCUGACGGGCUGCCUAAAGAGCUCUUCGAUUACAACUGGGGGCUGCUGGGACCAGUGCUGAUGGACCUGGUGAGGAGUUUCACGGGCGGAGAGGCGUUGCCGCACACGGUCUCAACAGCUGUGACCAUCCUGCUGCAUAAGAAGGGGGAUAAAGGCGACCUGGGGAACUAUCGGCCAAUAACGCUCCUUAGUACGGUUUACAAAAUCAUAGCAAAGGUGAUGGCGAGCCGGCUCAAGGUGGUGUUGCACGAGGUCAUCUCGGAGGACCAAUACGGGUUCCUACCUGGUAGGCAGCUGGCGGACACGGUGUCGGUGGUCGCGGAUGCUAUAGAAGCAGGAGCGAAUGGGAAAGAGGACUGGUACCUGAUGAUGAUUGAUUUUCAAAAGGCUUUUGACUCAAUCUCGCGGGACUACCUCUUUGGCACGUUGCGGAAGCUGGGUUUGCCAGAGGUUUUCGUAUCCUGGACAGAGGGGCUGCACAAAGACGCGGGGACGUGCCUGCACAUCAAUGGCUGGACAGGAGACAGGGUGGCGGUGGAGAAGGGAGUGCGCCAAGGCUGCCCGCUGGCGCCGUACCUCUUCCUCUGUGCAGUAGAGCCGCUGUGCCAAGAGUUUAAUCGGAAAAAGCUGGGAAUCGGGAAGCGAGGUGUGGGCACGCUAGCAUACCUGGGUUACGCUGAUGAUACAUCACUGUUACUGCGCGGAGCAGAGCAGCUCAAAGCAACGGCGGAUGUUCUGACAGUCUUCGGAAGAGAGUCAGGGCUGGUGGUGAACGAGGGGAAAACGGUAGUCUUCCCGCUGGGGAAAAACCGUGGGAAGCCGCCACCGCACAACCUGCGUUACAAAUGGGCGGACAAGGAGGAGCCGGAGCGACUGUUGGGGAUCUGGAUCACGCCGAAUGGUGACCCAACUCCAUCCUGGAACAAAGCAUUGGGCAGGGCGAAGGGAGAGUUAGCAAAGUGGGAGAUGCAACACCCGACGACAUCGGUGAGAGUGACGAUAAUCAACAGCUACAUCACUCCGAUUUUUCUUUUCCAGGCACAAAUAUACCUGCCGCCGGAGGCCAUCUGGAAGAAGAUUCGCAAGAUCUGCCACACCUUCGUCUCGAAGGGAGAAGCAGCGGAGGAGAAACGCUUCAUCCUCUGGAACUAUCAACUGGUCUGCACACCGCGGAAGGGCGGGGGGCUGGGUCUGAUUUGCCUCGAGCAGAGGGUCAACAGCAUCUCCAUUCGGAACGUCUGCCGUCUGAUGCUGCGGCCGAGCUCCGUCAAGAAGUGGCUGGCGGAGAGGGCGGCGGAGAUGCCCCCGGGGCUGGACACAAUCUUCGCGCACAAAUCGCUGCUAGACCACUGGGAAAAGGGGAGCGCACGCUGGAAGGAGUUAAUCGUGAAAUUUUGGGAUUCACCGCUGUACAAGACACGUGUCCCGACGAACCGUUGGGAGGUAGAGCAGGAGCACCUGGCUUUCAACCCGAACAUCCCUUACAGAGGCGCAAGUCCUUUCGGGAACCAGAAAGGAACGGAGGCGCUGCUGGGCUUACGUAUGGGGGACCUGAUCGUCAAAUCACGGGAUGGAACAUGCGAACUCAAAAAGCUGGAGGCACUGGCAAGAGAGCUGGGGAACAAGGAGAAGGCGAAAUGGGCGUUGAGGGCUUUUCAAGCUGCGCCCCCGGGCUGGAGGGAUAUAAUACUCACAAAGCUGACGAGCGAAGAGGUGGUGGCCACGGUGAAGCUACUGCGUUCGCACAACGCCGGGACUGAGAACUUCACUUACUGGAAGGUCGAGGGAGCAAAGGAUGAUAAGGUGGUGGGAAUCCUGUGCGACGUGGGAAGCGGUGGAUAUUUCACGCCCUACGUAGGCAACCUCACGGUGGACUUUGGGCUACGCAGCGGGGUGCCGAUGUACACGGAGGGCCAUAAUUUUCUGGGGCCCAUGGGUGACGUACGAACGAAGCUGCUGCUCUCGCAAGCAUGUGAAGGGGGAGAAUUAAUCUCGCUGCGACGGAUAAGGAUGGUGCUGGCGAGCGCAGCUGUACCACAUGAGGAUCAGAGGAGGGGAAGAAACCCCGGACCACUGCCUUCUCAGGUGCCCUGCAGUACAGGGGGUGAUGGACGUACUCAGACGAGGGUUGGAGGUGAUGCACCCGAACCUAGCGUGGCUGGAUCUUGA